UGCUCUGCACCGGAAGUGCAUGCAUUGCCGAUGUGGUACAUACCGACUGUGGUUUCGAUCGCUCUCCCUUGUUUCCCGGGCUGGGUGUUUGCGUCGCGCCAUGGCGCCCAAGGGCAAAGUGGGCACAAGAGGAAAGAAGCAGAUAUUUGAAGAGAACAGAGAGACCCUGAAGUUCUACCUGCGGAUCAUACUAGGGGCCAAUGCCAUUUACUGCCUUGUGACUUUAGUCUUCUUUUACUCAUCUGCCUCAUUUUGGGCCUGGGUAAGUGCUCCAGGCCGGGCCCUUUACCUCCUCUGGGUAAAUGUGCUGGGUCCCUGGUUUACAGCAGACAGUAGUGCCCCAGCACCAGAGCACAAUGAGAAACGUCAGCGCCGACAGGAGCGGCGACAGAUGAAGCGGUUAUAGCCAUUGACAAUGUGGCCACAGGCUGCUGUAGUUCUCUCAGGCUGCACAGUCCCCAUGCCUGGAGCAAUGAGGGCCUAGUCCAGGGGCCAAAAGCAAUCUGAGAUAUUUAGGGUAUACUUCAGGCUAUAUCCUAUAGGGUUGUUGAAUAAAUGGCUUAGAAUGUG